UGAUUAAUAAAUAAGGCCUUUAUUUACAUUCAGGAACAUUUAUGGGAAAACACAUUAACAUAAAGCAACAAACGAAUCGGGAAAUAAUGUGACUUGUACUAUGUUAACAUUAAUUUAUUUUUUAUUCUUCUAUAAUAUUAAUGAGAAAUUCCCACCCCAGUGUUGCACUGCUUGUGGUGCCUUUUCCAGGGCUACCUGAAAACAGAGGCCAGACAAAAUUAAGAGAACAAAAAACGGUAAAAUGAGAGAAUAAAAGUGAGAAUAAAAUUGAGGGUUUAUCUCCCAAUUACAGCUUCAGGUCAUGAAGUAAUUUACCCCAAGUUUGCUGCCCCCAACUCACUUUUAUUUACAUUUCUCGGGGCCUGAGGCAGUGAGGAGUCCUUGAUUCCCUUGGAGAAGAAUUGUUGUGUCUGAGCAAAAUGGGAAAGCAGCAGCUAAAACUGUACAUGGAGUUCAGAGUUUUACACUAAACUACACAAAUAUAUGAAAAAUAGAAAAGCUAGAAUCCUAAGACAUCACUUGGACAGUGUAUUUUGUGAGAUGUUGGUUGGUGAAAUUGUGAAAAACAAAGCUCACUCUUGACAAUUUUUUACAGUCUAAUAAGGGAUAAAAAGGACAGUUUCCAGCACUGACAGAUUAUGCUACAUCAAAAAGGAGUUAAAAGGGAAUACAAAUUGUACUAUAUCCAAAUCUUUAAUAUUAGUAAUAACUCGCAAAAGCUAAUAUAUAAAUGCGAAAGCACUAUAUUUACAUUGUUACAGAGAUUUAGGUCUUUUUAAUAAAGAUUUGGAUUUUUUUUAAGAUUCGGGUUAUUUUGUUACAAAAAACAAUAGAAAUAUCGUUUAUAUGGUUAUUUAUAUCAAAAUGACGAGGCGGGAAGAGGAGGAGGGAAGAAGGGCGCCUCAGAGCCCCCUCAGGUUUCCCGCGCGCGGGCCGUGAGGGGAGGGGGGGGCGGGGGGGGCUGAGCGCACCCCGUCUGCGCAGGCGCCGCCCCCGCGCGCGCGCGUCCGUCUCCCCGUGCGCGUCCGGCGGCGCUGCGCAGGCGCGGGGCCGCGCGCCGCGGUGCACUGUGGGAUACUGCGGCCCGGGCAGGCUGCACCGGCGGAGCGGGCGGCGGCGCCAUGGCCUCCAGCAGCGGCACCGACGUGAUCCAGGUCACCAACGUCUCGCCCAGCGCCAGCUCGGAGCAGAUGCGGACCCUCUUCGGCUUCCUGGGCAAGAUCGAGGAGCUGCGCCUCUUCCCCCCCGAUGACUCCCCCUUGCCGGUGUCGUCGCGCGUGUGCUUUGUAAAGUUCCACGACCCCGACUCGGCCGUGGUGGCCCAGCACCUGACAAACACUGUGUUCGUUGACAGAGCCCUCAUAGUGGUUCCCUAUGCUGAAGGAGUCAUUCCUGAUGAGACUAAGGCUUUGUCUCUCUUGGCACCAGCUAAUGCCGUGGCAGGGCUGCUGCCCGGGGGGGGCCUGCUGCCCACCCCCAACCCCCUCUCUCAGAUUGGUGCUGUCCCUUUAGCUGCUCUAGGAGCUCCUGCUCUCGACCCUGCCCUUGCUGCUCUUGGGCUUCCUGGAGCAAACCUGAACUCCCAGUCUCUUGCAGCAGAUCAGCUCCUAAAACUGAUGAGCACAGUGGAUCCAAAGUUGAACCAUGUGGCUGCAGGACUUGUGUCCCCCAGUCUGAAAUCAGAUACCUCCAGUAAAGAAAUAGAAGAGGCCAUGAAGAGAGUCAGAGAAGCACAGUCCUUAAUUUCUGCUGCUAUAGAGCCAGACAAAAAAGAUGAGAAACGAAGACAUUCGAGGUCGAGGUCGCGCUCCAGGAGGAGGAGGACUCCUUCCUCAUCCAGACACAGACGCUCCAGGAGCAGAUCGAGGAGAAGGUCCCAUUCCAAAUCCAGGAGCAGGAGGAGAUCCAAAAGUCCCAGGAGAAGGAGAUCCCAUUCCAGAGAGAGGAGCAGGAGGUCUCGGAGCACAUCCAAAACCAGGGAUAAAAAGAAGGAAGAGAAAGAAAAGAAACGUUCUAAAACUCCCCCCAAAAGCUACAGCACAACCAGGAGAUCCAGAAGCACAAGCAGGGAGCGGCGGCGCAGGCGGAGCCGGAGCGGGACGCGCUCCCCGAAAAAACCCAGAUCUCCCAAACGGAAAAUGUCCCGGUCCCCGUCACCCAGGAGGCAUAAAAAAGAAAAGAAGAAGGACAAAGACAAGGAGAGGAGCAGAGACGAGAGGGAAAGAUCAACGAGCAAGAAAAAGAAGAGCAAAGACAAAGAGAAGGAUCGAGACCGGAAGUCAGAGAGCGACAAGGAUGUGAAACAGGUCACAAGGGACUACGACGAGGAGGAGCAGGGCUACGACAGCGAGAAGGAGAAGAAGGAGGAGAAGAAGGCGGCGGACGCUCCCUCCCCCAAGGGCAAGGAGGCGGCGGCCGAGAAGGGCAGCGCGGAUCCGGGCAGGGAGUCCAAGGUGAACGGGGACGAUCACCACGAGGAGGACAUGGACAUGAGCGACUGAGCCCGCCCACAGCCCCCCGUGUGAUCCUUUAUGCUGUACUUGUUAAUCCUCAACCUAGAUGUAUCCAGCUCCGAGCUCUCCAUGGUCUGUCCAUCCCGAUACUAACUCACACCCAAAGCUUGAGACAGGGACCGCCCUGCUCCGGGGGCCGGGCCAGGCUGCACGUCCCUCCCACAGCAUGGGCGGGGCAGCCCUCCCUCCUCCCUCCCUGCUUCCCUCCCUCCCUCCGGAGUGUCCCGGGCUGAGCCAGCAGGGCCAGGAAUGGCCCGGGAGUGUGGGGAGGGUGGCACAGCCCCCCUGUCCUGUGGGACUGCCCCAGGAGGGUGGCACAGCCCCCCUGUCCUGUGGGACUGCCCCAGGAGGGUGGCACAGCCCCCCUGUCCUGCAGCCACCCAGGGGCCUCCCAGAGUGAGCCUUGGGUCACACCAGCUCUUUGUGCUCUUGGCUUUAGUGCUGGGCUUGGUGGGGUUUGGCUGGCUGUGCCCAGGGCUCUGUGCCCAGGGCUCUGUGCCCUGACCUUCCUGAGGGCUCUGUCUCCACCGUGCCCGUUCAGCUGGGAUGGAAUCCUGAUUGAGGGGGAGUCCUGCCCGUGCCCAGUGAGGGAGGGUUGGGGGAGCAGCCUCAGCCAGGGCUGGGGGCUCAGGAGCUCACCCACUGCAGCAGGGAGUGCAUUUUAAAAUGACCUUGGUCUGUUUUUAAAGCAAGUCCAUUGAUAAUGUACUUUUUACUUGAUCUCAAGUUGUACAAACGAUAAAUUUGUGUUCCUGUCCCGGCCGUUCCCUCCCUCCCACUCGGUGAUCCCAUGGUAUUUGCAGAGUAGUUACCCAAAGCUGUUCCUUAGUUCCUGCAGCUCCAGAGCUUUUACUUUUGUGCAGGUAAAGAGACAAAAGUAGCCGACAGUCUGUGCCAUGUCGAUGUACAGUUUCGGAAAAUGUUUUACAAGACUUUGAUAAUAAAACCCUGAAACUUCA